CAGCCAAUUCGACGUGUCCAGUCUGCGCCAGCCUCUUUGUGAUUCCUCAGCCUAUUGCUCAACUCAACCACCUUCCGCCGCGACUUGUCCUGCUCAAGAUCAUAUCACUCCUCCACCUACCUCUCCACCUAUUUCCAGCACCGUCAAACCGCCGCAAUGGACAAGAAGCUACGCCAGAACAAGCCUCGGCUGUUACUGAUGGGUCAGCGUAGGAGCGGCAAGUCAUCCAUAACUAGCGUGGUCUUCCACAAGAUGCCUCCACAGGAGACUCUAUUCCUCGAAUCAACCACACGCAUUCAAAAAGACUCAAUGAGGUCCUUUAUGGACUUUCAGGUCUGGGAUUUUCCUGGACAGCUCGACUAUUUCGAUCCCACAUUCGACACGACCGAGAUCUUUUCCGAAAUUGGCGCUCUCGUCUGGGUCAUAGACGCGCAAGAUGACUACACCGAUUCUCUCAAUCGCUUAACCACAACCAUCUUGAACCUGCAAACCACAUUCCCACACAUCAACGUGGAGGUGUUUGUUCAUAAAAUUGAUAGUCUCAAUGAAGAGUUCCGCUCAGAUAUCUACCAAGACAUUGUCCAGCGAGUCAGCGAUGACCUUAGUGAUGCAGGCUACAUCAACCCUAACAUUACCUAUCACCUCACUUCCAUCUACGACCAUUCCAUCUUCGAAGCCUUUAGCAAAGUAAUCCAGAAGCUCAUUCCACAGCUCGACACCCUUGAGAACCUCCUCAACAUUCUGGUCAACAAUUGCGGAAUGUCCAAAGCAUACCUGUUUGACAUCCUCAGCAAAAUCUAUGUUGCAAGCGACACCAGACCCAUCGACAUGGAGGUCUAUGAGAUGUGCUCGGACUAUAUUGAUGUGAUUGUCGACGUCACGGACAUUUUUGGGUAUGAACGCGGCCAUGAUAAGCUACUUGGAGAGCAGAUGCAGGAGGCCGAGUCAUCGAUCAUUAUUCACGACGGCACAAUGAUCUACCUCAAAGAGAUGAAUCGAUACCUCUGCCUAGUGACGGUCAUCAAGAAUAACGAGGCCAAGGACAAGAAGGGACUGAUUGACUACAAUUGCCAUGUCUUCCAAGAUGCCUUGAAUGGAGUGUUCGCCAGAAGUUGGGAGAAAGACAAGGCCGUUGGCAAUGGGGGCGACAGCAGUGCCCAAGAGCAGCUGCAGGCUCAAUUGGAGGAUUGAAGACCGACCUCUUGUGAGAAUAGUUUCCAAGCGGGCACGACCCCCAACUGCGUUUGCUGCAGUAAAGCAGCGCUGUCACGCCCCAGCACCAAUAAACACAAAGAAAUCAGCGCUUUACGGUGAUCCAAGCUGCAG